UGAGGCAACCAUCAUGUUUGGAAGCUCGCAGGUCGUAUUCCUGUUCUGUGUCGGCAGUCUACUGCUAGUGAGCGAGGCGCGGCCGAACCCCGACAGCGCGGGACACGCCCCACUUCCCGGACCUGGACUUUCUUAUGGCGGCAUACCAUACGGCAGCGUGAGCGGCAACGUAGCGGAGUAUUUCAGGGGGCGGCCAUCUGUCGGCCGCGGUGGUGCACUACGUAGCACGGACUUCGACUACGCACCCAUCGAACAGUACCUAUAAUAGAUGGCGCCACACGCUACCAAUGUUAAAUAAUGCUAAUUAUUAAUUUAUUGAUCGUUUCAGUUGUUUAAGUGUUUUAGUAAUAAUUUUUUAUAUAAAUAAAUAUUUUA